UUCCCGACUUCGUGAAACCAAAACGCUCUUUUCAAUCACACGUUCUCCUCCAGGCUUUGUCCGUCCUGUCUUUUCUCAAACAAAUUGCAAUCUAUCCCUCCUCUUGUCGCCAAUUCGCGCAGCCGUCUCGAACGAGCUACACGAAAUGCACGCGUCGAGGGCCAGCAGCCUCCUCGCGGUUGCUGCCCUUCUUUUUAGGAACACAUUAUGUGCGGGACCUGCAAUUCGCCGAGCUGUCACUGAAUCGCCUCUCGAUCCAUGGGUAUCCGUCGACGCCAGCGGAAACCCGGUGGCCACGAUUACUCCCUUCGUCUCAAAAGUAAAUGGAGUUGCAACUACUAUUAGUGCGGCACCUGCGAGCUUGACUGCCACCACAACAACAUCGCAAAGCGAUUCGAAGCCGACUGAAACAUCCGUGCCGUCGGGAGGGGGGUCAUUUCAAGUCUGCCACAACCUUGAUGGGCAUUUUGCCCCCAUGUGUAAACCCGACAAUGGCACUGCGAUAUACGUGGGACAGACGUAUUAUGUUACGUGGGACUCGGCGUAUUUCGCAGAGAAAAAUGCCACCGUCAUCAUAGUCGCUAACUAUUUUAAUUCCUCAAACGGGGGGCAGGUUGCGUUCUCAUCGAAAAUCAUUGGCGCAGCGGCAGGGUUUUAUGUUUGGACCAUUGAAAAAGAUUGGCUGCAAGGGCUAUCCUCUAACAGUGUCACACUAUGGAUGAACCCUUUGAAUCCCAUCGAUGGCGAGCCUCAUAGCCUGGGAGGUUUGAACCUUGAGGUGACCAAUAAACCCGCAGAGUAUUAUCACCCGCCGCCGACACCAGUGCCAACGGGCCAGUCUCUGUAUAUCGCUCUUCCAUCUGUUUUUGGGUUUAUCAUCCUUUGUGUUUGUGGUGGGGCCAUAAUCAACCGAAAGCACAGGAAGAUUGGUCUUGGGAACGUAAUGGGACGACGAAACGGAUAUGGAGUUGGCAAAUCUAGGCGUCAGCGGUUGGGUCUGAGAAAGAAGAAGGAUGGGGCAAUUCAGUUGCGAGAUCAAGAGUUGACUGCUGGAGGCGAAUACCGAGAUGCACCACUUCCAGAGGAGAGGGAACGGCCUUUUGGGCAUGCGAGAGCGGACUCAGAUGCGCUGGGUAGCCUGGCUGGCACCCCAACAGAGGAGAGGGCUAACCAUUUCAGGGACGAGAUGCAGCGACAAGAAAGGAAUAGGUAUUGAGCACUGUUCUGCCUAACGACGUGCACAGAGAAAGGGGCAGGUUCCUUAUGUACCAACAAAACCCUGUGCUUACGAAUGUAUUACUUCUUUGCUACUGUUAUGUUUCAGAGAAGACCCCCAAGUCCCUCUUGAACUAGCCAUUGUGGUGUGCCUCGCGCAACAAUGUCGAUCUUCCACAAGUGUGUGGUUGACUAUGAAAGCCUCAAUGAGCAACUAGCUUUCUGGCUAGUCUUCCCUUUUCAACGGAAGAGAUCGCUUCCGGGAGUUAGAAUUUCCAGGCCAAAGGAGAGCGGGAUGAGGC